UUCUCUAUAAAUUCCAUCGUAACCAACUUUCCUACCCCCACUCUCACUCAUCGCCUUCUACACAUUUCUGCUAUUCUCUUUCUUCUCCCAUCACUACAUUUACACAUAUUUUUGUUGGUUUUAAAAAAUGGGAACAGCUACUUUCAUCGAUAUUAUCGUAGCCAUUCUUCUUCCCCCACUCGGUGUCUUCCUCAAGUUUGGCUGUGGGGUUGAGUUCUGGAUUUGCUUGUUGUUGACGUUGUUUGGUUACAUUCCUGGAAUCAUUUAUGCUGUAUAUGUUCUCACCAAGUAGAAAUUUGGAUUCCCCUCCAUCUCCAUCACUAUGGUGUAGGAUCGUGUUUAAGUUAGUGCUGAUGCUUCAAAUCAUGUUUAAAUCACUGUUUCCUUUAUUGGCUGUCCCAAUUUGUCAUGUUAUAUUGAUGUCUAAAUAAGUAUCAUCACAUUUUUUAUUUUUGUAAUUUCAUGUGCGAUUUAUCAUUCUCGCGACUUCUCUUAUCAUCUAAGUUAUGAAGUUAUACAUUCAUAUUUAAA